AUGGUCUCACAGGCCGUGACAGCUCCUUUGACGCGUGCAGCGACGUUCCUCAUUGUGUCUGCAGUGUCCCAGCCAACAGCCAUCCCGACGAUCCUUGCAACUCUAUCCAGCAUUGGCGACAUCACCAAGAAUAUCUCCAUCCGCCACCCAGAUGGCAGACUGAGCUGCACUGUUGGCAUUGGCAGUUCCAUCUGGAGCCGCUUGACCAGCCUGCCGCAGCCGAAGGAGUUGCACCCGUUCCAGGAGAUCCGCGGUGCAAAACACACGGCCGUGUCUACGCCAGGUGACAUACUCUUCCACAUCCGGGCCGAUAGGAGGGACUUGUGUUUUGAAUUCGAGAGGCAGCUCAUGCAGCGUCUGGGCAGUGCCGUGACGGUGGAUGACGAGACUGUCGGAUUCCGAUACUUCGACGCCCGCGACCUGUUGGGCUUCGUCGAUGGCACAGCAAAUCCCGUCGGUACCGAGGCCACGGAAGCAGCCUUCGUGACUCAAGAGGAUGAGCCAGACUCGGCGGGAGGCAGCUACGUCGUCGUCCAGAAGUACCUCCACGAUAUGGAAGGGUGGCAGGCCCUGCGGACCGAAACGCAGGAAGCCAUCAUCGGGCGGACGAAGCUGGACAACAUCGAGCUCGACGACGCACCUCCACAGUCUCAGCAGUCGCACAAGUCCCUCGCCACGAUCGAGGCAGAAGGCGACGAGCGUGCCAUCGUGCGAGACAAUAUGCCGUUUGGAUCGCCGGGCAAGUCUGAGUUCGGGACCUACUUUAUCGGCUACUCGAAGAAUCUCUGGGUCACGGAGAAGAUGCUGCAGCGCAUGUUCGUUGGCGAGCCGCCGGGGAUGCAUGAUCGUAUCCUCGAUUAUUCAAAGGCCGUGCUUGGCGCGACGUUCUUUGUACCGUCGGAUUUGGCGAGUAUUUGA